UCUAGGAAGCAGGUCUCUAAAUAGAGAGUAUUCAGAGUCAUGUGACGGUUACUGCUUCCUCCAUAUGACAUCAUUGCCUUUGCAGCCGUUCCAGGGAAGAAAGGAUGCUGUCGGGAUUUUGGAGGCUGAACUAAAGGAUGUUGCAUUGCAGAUACUAAUAUGGUUAAUGCAGGAAACAUGAAUGGCUCUGGGAAUCUGAUGGAUUUUCUGGACGAACCUUUCCCUGAUGUUGGAACCUAUGAAGACUUUCAUACCAUUGAUUGGUUAAGGGAAAAAUCACGUGACACAGAUAGACAUAGAAAGAUUACAAACAAAAGCAAGGAGUCAAUAUGGGAGUUCAUCAAAAGUUUACUGGAUGCCUGGUCAGGAUGGGUCGUGAUGCUUCUGAUAGGACUGCUAGCAGGCACAUUAGCUGGAGUUAUAGAUCUAGCCGUGGACUGGAUGACAGAUUUGAAAGAAGGUGUCUGUUUAUCAGCGUUUUGGUAUAGCCACGAGCAGUGUUGCUGGACGUCUAAUGAGACUACUUUUGAAGACAGGGAUAAAUGCCCUCAGUGGCAAAAAUGGUCUGAACUUCUCGUUAACAAAUCCGAGGGUGCAAGUGCUUACAUUCUGAAUUAUUUUCUUUACAUUUUGUGGGCAUUACUGUUUGCUUUCCUGGCUGUCUCCCUUGUCAGAGUAUUUGCUCCCUAUGCCUGUGGCUCUGGAAUUCCAGAGAUAAAGACCAUCCUGAGUGGCUUCAUUAUUAGGGGUUACCUGGGCAAGUGGACCCUCCUAAUCAAGACAGUCACGUUGGUUCUGGUGGUCUCUUCGGGACUCAGCCUUGGCAAAGAAGGGCCUCUGGUCCAUGUGGCUUGUUGCUGCGGUAACUUCUUCAGCAGCCUCUUCUCAAAGUACAGCAAGAAUGAGGGAAAGAGACGAGAGGUGCUUUCAGCUGCUGCCGCUGCGGGUGUUUCUGUUGCUUUUGGAGCACCAAUUGGUGGUGUCCUUUUCAGUCUCGAAGAGGUCAGCUAUUAUUUUCCCUUGAAGACUCUCUGGAGAUCCUUUUUUGCAGCUCUUGUUGCAGCCUUUACUCUGAGAUCCAUCAAUCCAUUUGGAAACAGCCGCCUGGUCCUUUUCUAUGUGGAGUAUCAUACACCUUGGUACAUGGCUGAACUUUUCCCUUUCAUUCUGCUUGGAGUUUUUGGAGGGUUGUGGGGGACUCUUUUUAUCCGAUGCAAUAUUGCAUGGUGCAGGAGACGUAAAACCACUAGGCUUGGGAAGUAUCCAGUCUUGGAAGUCAUUGCGGUGACAGCUAUCACUGCUAUUAUUGCCUAUCCGAAUCCAUACACUCGGAGGAGCACCAGUGAGCUCAUCUCAGAACUGUUCAAUGAUUGUGGAGCUCUGGAGUCCUCCCAGCUCUGUGACUACAUCAAUGACCCCAAUAUGACCAGACCUGUGGAUGAUAUUCCUGACAGACCAGCUGGUAUAGGGGUGUACAUGGCAAUGUGGCAGUUAGCCCUGGCUCUGGUUUUCAAAAUCAUCAUCACGAUAUUUACCUUUGGCAUGAAGAUCCCUUCAGGUCUCUUUAUACCCAGUAUGGCAGUAGGAGCUAUAGCUGGCAGAAUAGUCGGAAUAGCAGUGGAGCAGCUGGCCUACCAUCACCAUGACUGGAUCAUCUUCAGAAACUGGUGUAGACCAGGAGCCGAUUGUGUUACUCCAGGACUUUACGCCAUGGUGGGAGCUGCAGCUUGUUUAGGAGGAGUAACCAGAAUGACAGUGUCUCUUGUCGUGAUCAUGUUUGAAUUGACGGGAGGACUAGAAUACAUUGUGCCUCUGAUGGCUGCAGCUGUAACUAGCAAAUGGGUUGCUGAUGCUUUUGGUAAAGAAGGGAUCUAUGAGGCACACAUCCAUUUGAAUGGCUAUCCCUUUUUGGAUGUGAAAGAUGAAUUUACUCACAGAACGCUGGCUACUGAUGUCAUGAGACCGAGGCGUGGGGAGGCCCCCCUCUCUGUCCUGACCCAAGACAGCAUGACAGUGGAAGAUGUGGAGACAUUAAUCAAGGAGACAGAUUAUAAUGGCUUCCCAGUAGUGGUUUCUAAAGACUCUGAGCGUCUUAUUGGGUUUGCACAAAGGCGGGAGUUGAUUCUUGCAAUAAAAAAUGCAAGGCAACGCCAGGAUGGUGUAGUCAGCAAUUCUGUUAUAUAUUUCACUGAAGAGCCUCCGGAAGUCCCUGCUAAUAGCCCUCAUCCACUGAAGCUACGACGCAUUCUCAAUCUGAGUCCCUUUACUGUCACAGACCACACACCCAUGGAAACAGUGGUAGAUAUUUUCCGAAAACUUGGACUCAGGCAGUGUCUUGUCACACGGAGUGGGAGGCUUCUGGGCAUUAUAACCAAAAAGGACGUGUUAAGGCACAUGGCUCAAAUGGCAAAUCAAGAUCCUGAAUCCAUCAUGUUUAACUAGACUGGUCCCAGAGGAUAGGGCAAGAAACUUUGGAGGGAUCUUUUCUGGACUAAUAGAAGGGGGUUUUGUACAGUACUCCAUUUGUUUUUUGCGGAAAAGCAGAGAUUUACAUAAAUAGAACCAUAUCACGGACAUAACCAAAGGAAAAUUGUGACAGAAUGCAACAGUAAAAUGAAGUUGGGCAGAAGAAUGAAGAAUUAAGCAGCAGAUGUGAAAUCAUUUCUCUUGAGUGAGGGUUUUGUCUAUGUAUUACUUUUGACACAGAUGCUUGGCAAAUUUCCCAUCAAUCUCCCUAUCCUCAUGCUCCAUUUGUGGUAGCAGCAACUUGUUCCUGAAUUAGGGGUAUUGUCGCAUUGUUAUUUUCUUUCCAUGGGUCACUGGAAAACUGAUAAGGAAGAGCAACUUCACCACGUGACAACCCAGAAUAAAAACGAUAUUGUUUGGAGAGCAGGAAACUCAUCAAGAGGAUUGAUCCUAACAGAGGUAUAUCUAUAUUGAGCAGGUUAAUUGCCUGUUUGGCUGGUGCAUGCAUAGUUGUAGAAAGGUUUGUGUAAGCUAAGACUGGAAGCAUGUGGGAAUCAUCACGAACUUAACCAGAAGGCAUGAGGAAACAGGAAACAUAUUUAUAAAUACAGUUCAAUAAUAAGUGUAAAAAUUUGUGUCCAAAACAACAGGUUACCAGCCAUGUUUUUGUGAGUUCAUGUUUAUUUAUUGGAUUAUGCCUAAAGUAUUUUUAAGACGUAUAUGGGUUGUUUUUUUUAAAGAAAUGUGUUGCUUUUGACUAUUUUUGUAGAAGUUAAGAGACAACGUAGAAUCAAAGCUGUGUGUCAGUUAACUUCCAUAUUAGGAAAAUUGUAUUUUUGCUUUUGAAUGUUCCGUUUCUCUAACUGCAAUUCUCAAGAUCAUUUUUCACAUGAUGAAUUCACCAUGCUGUGAUUUAUGCCAUUUUUUCCCAUGGUGAACAUUUCUUUUUAACAUGACUCUCACUGUGGCAAGAUCUGAAUUACACUAAAUUGUGGAGAUUUAUUGCAUGGUGUCACAGUUACUAUUUACAAAUGACUUGUAAAAUAUGAACUAUGGCCACAUUAUUUUGUGAAAAAUGACCUUGAGUAGUUUUGCACAUCAACUUGGUUUUUCUCCCUACACCCUGACUAACGUGCAGCAAAGUACUAGCAUUUAUUCCUUCUCUAUGCAAGUGUUGCAUUAUAUUUGGUUUCACGUCAAAUGUGUUUUUCGGUAUAAAAACAUUUUGUAUAUCACAUUUUCUGUAGGUUGGAUGCACUACUGUAUUAAUUCUUGAUAAUUUCUAUUCCACGAGUUGGAAAUGAUUUGCACUGGCUUGAAAGUCCUCUGACACUAAUACAAAAAAAGUGAUAUUUAUGCUCAAGCAAGGGAGAAUCUUUUUAUUGCUUCUACAAGGGGCAAGAGUUAUAUCAGAAUCUAGUGUCUCUAUAGAAAAAUAGAUGAUUUUAAAAAUUAUUUAUUUCAUUCAGUUCUUAUAAUUUAUUUGUAGAAGAAUAUGAGACAAAAAGAUAUGCUCAGGUAUAACUACCUUGUGUUUGAGAUAAUAGAAGCACUUGGAGAUACUAGAUAGCUUUGCAGAUUACUAACAUAGAACAUUUGUGUUUAAGUGGAGUCCCAAUACAACUGAUGCACACUCCAGUUUAAAAUGUUUGUGGAUGAACUUGCUUGCUGAUGCACUUAUAUGCUAUCUGUUGCCAUUGUGGAUGGGCUGCAUACUGUGCCAAAUGAUUACAGCAAUAUCCAUGACAUCUGUGCAUGGUGGUCAUGAAGAUCAUCUUCAGGACGCAUAAGCCCAAAAUAUUCCGUCCAUAGUUCUUUUUAUUGAUUUUUAGAAUUGGGCUCCCUUUCCCUGCAUGAAACACAAGAUUUUCCACUACCUUGAUAAUGUAGCCACUAUCAGCAGCAUUGUGUCUUCUUCCUAAUUUAUAACAUUACAGCUCAAUUUAAGUUAUCUGUAAUGGCAAUGGCCCUGCCUCUCAGCAUUAUCAAAAAUUGGCUAACCCUCUGCCCCCUCCCCCUUCCAUAGGGAAUAAAUCAUUGAAUUGGAAGAGACCUUGUGGGCCAUCCAGACCAACCCCCUGCCAAAAAGCAGGAAAAUCACAUCCAAAGCACCCCCGACAGAUGGCCAUCCAGCCUCCGCUUAAAAGCUUCCAAAGAAGGAGUCUCCACCACAUUCUGGGGCAGAGAGUUUAUUUAUUUAUUUAUUUAUUUAUUUAUUUACAGCAUUUAUAUUCCGCCCUUCUCACCCCGCAGGGAACUCAUGACGGAUUACAAUAUACAUAUACGUGGCAAACACUGAAUGCCAUAGACACACAACAUAUAUAGACAGAAGCUACUUAACAUUUCAGCUUUUUGAUGAGAGUAUUCUGGCCACCAGGGGAGCUGUCGCUUCACUGUCCAUUUGUGACACUGAUGAAGUACUUCCCCAUUCUUUGCAUGCUUGCUGGAGAUUUUUAUGGCAUCAUAAAUUAGUUAAAUUAGCCUCCCUUCAUACGCAGUACCUAAAUUUCCUACUUGACAGAUGCAACUGUCUUUCGGGCUGCAAAGGUUGACAGAAAGCUACACAAAUUAGUUGGAAGCUCACCCUGACCCGGGCUGGCUUCGAACUCAUGACCUUUUGGUCAGUAGUGAUAUUAAUGCAGCUAACUCCCAGCUAGCUGCACCACAGUCCACUGCUGAACAGCUCUCACAGUCAGGACAUUCUUCCUCAUGUUCAGGUGGAAUCUCCUUUUCUGUAGUUUCCUGUAAAUGAUCCUGUGAAAGUUAGAAAGAGAAGGUUUUCUUGGCUAUGCCACAAUGCAACAAUUUCCAUAACAUUAUUUUAACCGUACCUUCAUUUUAUACCCUUUUAAUUUUUCCAAGUAAAUUUUUCUGAAAGCCAGACAGAUCAUUCUGUAUCGCAUGUAGGACUGAAUAUAAUUAAAUAAUAACAUAUGGCAUAAUAGCUCCAGACAUUAUGUACAGGAAGAGGAAAUUUGAAACAGAGAUUAAUCUGAUAAACACUCCUAAGGCAGCUUGUGGGAGUGAAGUAUGAUAUAAUAAUCAAGAAAGUGUUGAUAUGUGGGUUCCUUUAAAAGUUUUCAUUUUGUACCAGUUAUUAUAUUACGAAAAAGCACAAUAUCAGCUGUUUAUUUACAUAUAUUUAUAUUAUUCUUGCCAUUUCAGAAGGGCCCCUAGAAUAGCUAUGAAAGAAGUAUUAGAAAUUUGGAUUUCAUGUGUUAUUAUGCUGUUAUACCACCAUCAAAGUUGAAAGUAAUUUGGCUUCUUGAUUUUUUCUGUAUGGUGAGAAAUUAUUACAGUGUCAUCAUAUUUCCAUUCUGCUCUUCAAGGUGGGAAGCCCAGAUUGAUUAAAUUCUCAUUUUUUUAAACCCCAAGAUUGGUUCAGCACCAUGAACAGCUCAUUUGAUGUUCAGGAUUAAACAUGAGUGAUCUCACUACUCCCAUGCUGUUGCUUAAACAUAUUUUCCCCACUUCUGCACAUAUGAAAUUGGGAUAGUAAGGGUACAACUUGGAGAAGGUGUUAAUGUAUUCAGAUUGGCCCUAAUUUUGCACUCUUCCCCUAAUCUUCCUGACUUCUGAUGGGGAGGGGAAUCGGCUGAUUUUCAGCGCAUUUAUCAUGAAAGCACAAACCACCGUAAAACAUGGUAGUUUGCACUUCUGUAUGUGGAUUUUUUAAAAGGGAUAUUAGCAUCCAAAGACAUGAUGUUAUAUAUUAAAGGUCAUACCAAAACAGGUACACUAGGGGCUUAUGGGGGAAAUGGCCCCCACUUCUCACACGGUUACCUGAUCCUGACAAAAAAGAAGGUUAUUUACAACACUAGUUGUUUAUUUACUAUAUAUAUACACCCUGCCCUUCUCACCCCGAAGGGCUCACAGAUCAUGGCAAAAAUUCAAUGCUGCAUAACACACACAGUAAAAAUAUAACAUAUCAAAUUACAACAGUUAAGACAGAUUGCAAAGUACAAAGUGCUGAGUCUUAAUUUCCAUACUCUUUGAUUUUCCCAUAGACCUUAUUCCCAUAGUCCUUAUUUGAGUUGCUACACUGAAAAUAUUUAACUUUUCCGAAGUCUUUAAAUUUUUCCUGAACAGCAGGAGGGAUGGGGCCAUUCUGAUGUCACUGGGGAAAGAGUUCCACAGCCGAGGGGCCACCACUGAGAAGGCCCUAUCUUUUGUUCCCAUCAGUCAUACUUGCAAAGAGGGUAGGACUGAGAACAGGGCCUCCCCUGCAGAUCAUAAGACUCAUUGUUAUCAAUUUACAUCAUCAUUAUCUCAUCAUUUUCAUUUCUUAUCCACCUGUUCCCAUGGCCCAAGGCAGGGUACAACAUAAACUAAAAUACAAUAUAUAAUUUAAAAGAUAUAAUAUCAUUUAAAACAUAGAAAUGUUAGAUCAACAUUUAUAAACAUAGGAUUAAUUCACAAACCAUUACACAUUAAAAUAAUCCAUACAUAUAAACAUGUCCAUUUAAAAUUCACAGUUUAAAAUUGACUGGGUAGGACUGCUGGUAAAACUUACACACACUAGACAGAUUUUUGGGAUGUGCAUUUAUUUGGUUCCUAAUAUGAGUUAAUAUAGCUUUGAAGCUGAAAGAGCUCUACAUUAUAACAAAUAUCAUAAUAUUAUUAUUUUAUUUUAUUUAUAAUUGCUAAUAAUUAAAAUGGCUAAUACAAAAAGAAGUCACUGCACUCCCACCUUGCAAUAGCAGUUGGACUGUUUAUUGGAAAUUUUAUGUUUUACAAUUUCUUGGCCACGGAAUUUUACAGAGUAGAAACUAUUCUAUUUCCUCUGUAAAAAUUUUUAUAUAAGUUGUGUUCUGGAUGCAAAAAUAUAGAUCUAAAAUAUGUACUAUAUUUGACAUCUGUGAAGGAAAAUGAAUACAGUUACAUUUGGGACAGAAGUUUAAUCCACUGUUGACUUCAAUAAGGAGGAAAGUUCAAUAGAAGUCUAAAGAAAGAUGGUUUACCACCCUUUGGCCGAUAGUUAUUAUUACUUUUUCACAGGCAGAAUCCUUGUCUGCAUACAUAAUUGAUAUAAGCUUUAUGUAUUUAAAAUACAUUGAAUUUUCCAGCCUUUCACAUUCUGGAUGAGAAGUUUAAAUAUAAAAUUGUCAGACAUAUAUUGAAAUAAAGUAUUUUUUUGUUUGACAUAUAAUCAAAUGGAACAUUUGACAUAAAUGUUUGUAAAAGAGAUUUCUUCUGAGAUGGGAGAAAUCAGAUCUAGUAAAUGCAGACAAAAAUAAUAUCUGGAAUGAUAAUAUAGCCUUAAUUUAAUUGUUAGCACUACUAGAGCAGAUUCAUUGACUCAUUAGUGUUGACUUGUCCAAUUGACAUUGAUUCACUAAGUCUACUUUAAUGGAGGUGAACAGUUGGAUUUAGGCAUUGAUUUAUUUACCAAGAAACAGGUGGAUUUGUUUUGCUUUCUUUGGGGUGAUUUGUCUUGCAAAUAGGAAUAAUAUUUCAUUGGUUCACACAUGGGGUAUAAUUCAGAUGCUUGUCCAUCUAGUGCAGGCAUGGGAAAACUAAGGCCCGGGAGCCAGAUGCGUCCCCCUGGGCACUUACCUCAGGCCCUCCUCAUUUUCCCUGUCCUCUUGGCAUAAGGACAUGGCAGUCCACCAAAAAGACAAGGGAGGAAGGCACACAGCAGCUGAGAACGCUAUGGAGUGCUCUCAGACAUUGUAUGUCUUGCCCUCCUCCUCCUCCAGGUAUAAGGAUGGUGCAAGUGGCCCCAACCAUAUGCUGGGAGAAUGACUCGAGGAAGGCACAUGGUUGCUGAGAGUCCUCUGGAGCACUCUCAGCCACCACCUGUCUCGCCCUCCUCCUUGCAUAAUGCCAAGAGGACAACCUGAGGAUUGGGGAGGAGGAUGGAGAGAAGGAUCAGGGAGGGGGGGAUCAAGGAGGGAGAGGAUCGGAGUUGUCACUGUAUGUCCCACUUUCCUCCCAGCCGUGCACUGCCCCCUAAUGGGCUUGUCCUCUCUGGGGCCCUUCCUCUCCUGGACUCGCCCUGCCCAGCAUGUGCCCAGCACCCCUCCCUCCGGGCCCAGCCAUCCCAGUCAGGCCUACAAUGCAGCCCCAUAUGCUGCAUAUGUCAGUCUGAAGCAGUCCUGCUUCACACUGACAAAAUAUGGAAAUGCCAAAAGCAUGAAUGAAACUUACAUCUAUGCUCCUACCACCUUUUUUUUUUUGCAUGUAAACAUAAGAUUGACUGCUAAGUGACCCUUAAAAAUGGUCAACAUUAGACGUACAGUUCAAUGGAAUAUUUGAAAAGGUUAAGAAAAUCCUUUUACAGACGUUCUUUCCACAGUUACCAGCUAGUGUUUCUUUUUAAAUGAUAUAUUAUUCCAAUGCAGACCUCAGAGUUAUUGGAAGGACUCUAGAAGAUAGAGAUCAAAACUUCUUUCAGUAUAUUUAAUUGAUUCAGUAGAACAAUUUUUUUUUGCUGAAUGUGUUGAUUGAAGACUGAGAUUGGUCAAAUAAAAGUGUAAUAUUUAUUUUAUGCCAAUACAAUGCAUUAAAUGAUUUUUAAUCUAUGGAAAUUACAUGAUGUCAGACCAGACGGGUGAAUAAACAUUUGAUAACAACUGAUGAAACAAAAA